AAAGAGGCAGACCCAAACAUCACACCCAACAAAUUUAAAAUUUCAAAAGUUCAACUGGCCUACUUAAUUUUUCUCUAUUAAAGAAAAGCUGAAUUAUUAUUAUUAUUUAGUCAUGUUUACACCGACACCUAGUAAUGACAAUUUUCAAGGGCAUGGUAAGCAACAAAUGCAGUAGUAAGGGAUAAAUUUAGUCUAAGCUGUGUUAAUUAUAAGUUACGUUUUCGAAACCGGCGAGAGUCGAUUUGGACUUGGACUUCGAAAAGAAGACUCACUCUUACUCUUAGAAAAGACCGACCCACCACUGAUUCAGCGAGUCAGUAGACAGUAGCAAAAUGAUGAUACCAGUUUGUUUUUUUUCUUUCCGAAAAUCGGUUAUAGGAUUUAGAAACACACCACCACCCCCAUUAUUCGUUUUUUACACUCAGGGACGAGUCUUCUGCUGGAAGGCAUGGGAAUGCAUGGCGUUCCAUUUCUGUACUGACUGACUAAUUCUAAUCCUCUACUAGAUAAGUACUAAACACUAAGUUUGAAUUUUGGUCCACAAACUUUUAAACUACUGUUAAACUCUGCUGGUUUUUUUUUUUUUUUUUUUACUGAGAAUCGUAAUAUUAGUCAUGGUAAGAGUAAGAUUGGGGGUUGGGUAAAGUAAUAGUAAAUGAGUAAAUCAAGUAAAUACAAAGAGAAUGCACCAUGACGUGUGGUAUCACAGGUCACCAUCUUGGUUGCAACGGCCUGUGAACCCGUAAAAAUUCACGGGUCACUGCAAACAAGAUGCGGCCGUGUAAAAAUAAAAUAACUCACAUUUGCUAAAAUUAGGAAUAAAACGAUAAAAUUUAAUGAAACAAUGUGGUGAACGUAGGCAGUAGCUACUUAUGUGAAUUUAUUGUAUCUGUCUAGAUAUUUGGCAAGAAGCGUCAACAUGUGUGUGGCUUUAGUUGCAUACACAAUGUGGCUAGAAAACUAUUAAAAUGAAGAAAAAAAAUACAAAAAUAAUCGUCAAAUAAAUAAAUAAUGAAAACCCAACUGACAGUUUCAUAGAAUACACUUUUACACACUUUAUUUUAGGUUCCACCAAAAAGAAUAACCAGAAAAUGAAUAAAAUACAAAGUCGUCCAUGCCAAAAAAAAAUUUCAAAUAUGGCGGAAAAAUUAAAAAAUUAAUACCCAACCAAUGAAAUUUUAAAAUAUAAUUAACCAAUUCCAAUUUAAAUGAAAACAUGCCAUGGUCAUAUGAAGGAAAACUUAACUCUGGUAAGAAAAAACAAAGGGAGUGAAUCCAAAACAGAAACUUUACAAUAACAUGCAAAUGAUGGCGCUAUCUCUUUGCUUUGGCGAAGAUAGAAAUAUUUUAUAAGACCAGAAGAGGCCAGUUACAUGUGUAGCAUUGUGAUACCACAACAUUGGUACCAUACACUGGUGUGGGUGGGAAAGGGAACAAAGAUCCCGCUUUUCCCCCAUGGCAUUUUUUUGGUGGGGUGUGGCAUGUAUUUUCAGUCUACUUUAUUAAUAUGAUUAUAUAAUUUGAAAUUAAUUUUUUAAAAUUUAAAUAUGUGUUCUCUUAACAUUGUCGUAAUUUUCGUUCAUUUGAGGAGGUAAAAUUAUGGGUGAUUGUACCAACUUGUUAAUAAUUUUAAAAUUGUACAGAAAAAGCUGCCAGCCACAACCGGUUUGAAACUUUGAUCCGCUGAUAUUGAUAAUGAGUGUUGUAUGGUCAGAUACACUAAGCAUUAGCAAUAAGCUUAUCAAUUUUAUGCUUUAUAAAGCAUCUUAAUUAAAAGUAUUUUAUUUAUUAAAUGAUAAAAAACAUUCAUUAACUGUCAGUUUGGUUAUUUUUUUUUUCAUAUCAUGAUAAAAAUAAUUUGCUAACUGGUUUUUGAAAAUUAACCACCUGUUUCAAAACCAAUAACUCAAAAUAGUCAAAAUCAGGUUAUCGUUAAACAUCCUUGGUCUGAAGAGAAGGUUACCAACUCAGACCUGUUUACUCUUACGAGUUUGGCAUACAAUGUACGAUUUUGAGGUGUAUACAUUAUGUAUACUGCAUGUUUAUUUUUUACUUUUAAGUUAAUGUAUUGAACGAUUUUGCGAUGAUAUUGUACGGUUUUAAGAGUUUGAGGGUAAACAGGUCUGCCGACUAGAACUACAAGUCUAACUGAUAUAUUGUUAAAAAUAGGCCCAUCACUAGACUAGUAGUUAGCUGCUUAACUUACAGCUUGACUAAUUUAACAAAGUUAAGUUAGUGGGCUUACUCUACUCACUCAAAGAAUAGUAAACCAAUUAAACUUACUACCAUAUAAAUCUAUGAAUUAUUGAAUAGUUUAUAGCCUAUGAUGUGACGCUAGUUAAAGCUAUCACAAAUAGUUUCUAAUAUAUUAGUAAUAUUUUGUCAAGCCUAUGUUUUGUUUUUAUUUACAGAUUCCUUUAUGUCAUUAUCCCCAAGCAGUCCAAGUCAAUCCCUCAUCGCCCCUCUAAGCCAUUCCUCUCCUUUCCUACCUGGGUAUCUACUUGGCGACCACCACUUACAUCACCAUUCAGUAGUACGUAUCAUCCCAUAGCUUGAUUUCAUUGAUAUCAAUUGAAAUGUAACUCAUGCCAGAUAAAACAGAAAUAUUUUCAUUACAUUAUAACAAUGUAAGGUGGGAUGUCUUUUCGAUUAAAGUUUGGUGCAUGUUUAUUCUCUGAACCUCGAUAAUCCGUAAAUGGGCUGUUUUUAACAUAUGAUUCAGAAAACUUGGAUUAAAAUAAGUACAAGUAUAAAAAUUUUCAGAUUAAAUGUAGUAAGUAUGCUCCAUUUGUGUUUUAUCAUGUACAGUUGAGUCCAAAGAUUUGGUCUUCUGGAGGUGGUCAGGGUCAGGCACAGAAAGGUGCUCUGUCCAGUCAAAUGAGUAUAUCUGGUGGAUCAGCAGGACUGACCAGGUAGGCAAAUGGAGUUUUGGUAUACAAUAAAGUAUAAAGAAAGUCAUUGUAAUUUUAAUAUGUCACUGCAAGUACUAAUCACAUUUCAAAAACACCUUUAACUUGACAUACCUUGUUGUAUACUAAGGGAAAACAAAACUCUCUUGUAAAAUAAGAUAUCCAUUCAUUUAUAAAUAUAGGCUGGUACGUGUUUUGAUCCAUCAAUGUGUGUGAGGAAGAUAAGAGGUGAUUGUAUUCCUUUUUUGACACUCUCAAGCCAGUGUUAUUUGAUGUUGAAGCCCAUUCUUUUUAGAAGUCAAGACACCAGUUAAUUUUUGUGCACUGAUUUUUUGAAAUCCUAUAUCUUUGACUCCAGGGUAUGAAGUACAGUGUACUCAGUGGUAACCUCAGCACUGCUGUAUGUUCAAUCUAUCAUGUAUUUGUUUAGUCAUCCAUGGUAAUACAGAUCUUGAUCCUGUCCAUCCUCAAUAUCACUCAACUCUUCAAGCCAGUCCAGUGUCUCAUCUGACCAAUAUACCUACACACACUACCCUAACAACACAGCCUACGUCAUGCACAUAUUAUUAACACAUAUCUUGACACCAAAGGUCCCGGUAUGUGCCAAUUUGCAUACGAAACAAACACCAAAACACACAAUUGACCCACAACCAUUUUGCACCAUAUUAUUCCAGCAUCAACACUGCAAUAAUGCUAAUAUUUCAAUAUCGUCUUUUUUUUUUUUAUAAUAAAAGUUAGAAGUUUAAUUUGUUUCAUUUCCUUUGCACAUCAUAGGAGAGAAGCAGCAAGGGGAAAAGUUGGUGGCCCACCAUUGAAAAGUUUAUAUUCUAGUCCAACAGCUUUAGAUGGCAGCUUACAACACCAGGUAUGUUGAUAUUUUAUUUUAAAAAAUGUGUUCAUUUGUGUUAGAAUAACUUAUAAAAAAAAAAUUAAAAAUUAUCCAUGUUAAGCACCAUAAUAAUUACAAAUAGAAUGUACUAUGAAUUUUAAACUCUGCUUAAUUUUGAUAAAUUAGAAAGUCAUUGAUGGCAAGUUAAUCAUCAGAUUUUUUAUGAUUUUUUUUUUCCAUUGACCUCCAAUUGUUUAUUUAAGGAAUGUGUAACGUUAGUGUUGUUUGAGUAAUUUUACUAAAUUUGAAAACAAUAAAUUCACUUCUGUACGAUUGUUGUUACUUCAAGACCUUAACCUUUGUUGACAAAAAAAAAUUAAAAAAUACAAUUAUCAAACAGAUUGGAACCCCUGGACAGAACCGCACAGUCUCAUCCCCAGCUCUCAGGCAGACGUCAACUCCUGCCCCACCGAUAGCAGGUAACCCUUCUUCUUCUAUAUAUUAAGGGCCCACGAUCAAUUUAUUGAUCAUUUUGGCUCCUAUGCACAUAGAGGGGAUUUGCAAUGUUUCUGUGCCUGGUGUUGAUGAGGAUAUUUCACUGAUUGCAUGUGCCACUUUGUGCGGGAAUCAUGCACUGGGGGUUUGAAGGCUUAAGGCAAUAGACACAAAAAAAUCUCAACUGUUCCUUUCGAAAGCUUGUUCCAGUCCCUGAUUGUCUUGGGCAGCAAUGAGCAGUUCCUAUACUGCCUUCUUUCUGGUAUGAGCCGGAAUGUAUGCUAGGAACAAACAGGGGCCUCGCACUGAUCCCUGGGGGACCCCUGACUUCACAUCAACAAAGGAGGAGCUUGUACCAUCCACUACCACUGCUUGGCAUCGGUGGCUGAGGAAGCUAGAGAUCCAUGUUUUAGUGGUGCCUUGGAUCCCAUAUCUCUGGAGUUUGUGUAGAAGCAAACUAUGAUUGUCUCUAGGCCUUGAUGUAAUGUUUAACUGGAUUUCUGCACCAUCAAUGCUGCUCGUUAGUGUGGAAUAAGAUUUGUUCCGUAUCUGGAAAUUUGAUCGAAAGAAAUUUCGUCGACGGUAAUUUGAUAGAAUGAAAAAUUCUUUGAAUCUUUUUUUCAGUUUUUACGUUAAAACUUUGCUCCAAAUUUCUUUUUGAACGCAUUAUUUUGUUUUACUAUAUAGUAUGGUGCGUUCAAAAAGAAAUUUGGAGAAAAUUUUUAAUUGAAAAAAAGUUUUGAACAAAUUUCCGUUUGAUCAGUUCCGAUUUCUGUUGAUCAGUUUACUGUCGACGGAAGUUCUUUCAAUCAAAUUUCCAGUAACCGAUUUGUUCAGGUGCUUCAAAAAAAUGUUUUUUAAAAAAUGCUGUUCUCUGACAUGAACCAUCAUGCGGCUUAGGGAAAAUGGUUUCUUUGCCAAGCUAAACAGAUUACCUUGGAUGAGCACACUGUUAAAAAUGAUAUGUCAACUGUUGCUAUUAUUUCAUAUUCUGUUCAUAGUUAACAUGAAAUAUUUUCUUCUUCUUCUCUUCUUAUAUUUGAAGGGCCCACGAUCAAUUUGUUGAUCAUUCUGGCUCCUGGUUUAAAUUCAGAGUUUGCCUUCUCUUAGAUGGGUUGCCAUCCAAGGCUAACGAGCCCCAUCUACCCGGGUUAUUUUUUGGUUAUUUCCUUGUCUUUACCAUGUUAAGAUUGAACAUUUUUCAAUGUACCGGUAACAGUAAUGUUAUUUGGUAAUGUCUUGAAACUAAUUUAGGAUAAGUCUGCCUGUGCAUGCAGCAUUGUUGCACCGCAAAAUGAAACAAGGUUAAAAGGAAUAUCAAUAAGCAUCACAAUGCAAGGUCUUAGAAGAUUGUGUGGAGCAAGAGAUGACAUUGGAAAGUGGAUUGGGGUUGAUAAAAUACAUGUCAGAAGACCUAUGGGCAACCAAUGAAAAUACCCAAAGUGUUACUAAAUACAAGUGAUGAGAUGUAAGCUGUUACAGAUCAUGUGUAACAUAAUUUGUUGCAGGUCUCUUCCAGAGCCCUGGUUUAUCCAGAGAUUCAAGUCAGCUGGCCAUGAACCAGAGCCAGGUUUUUCCAGUCUCCCCAGCCCAAGCGGAUCCUUUCUACACCCAAGGGUGAGUCGUAAGUCACUUGGCUUAGUAAGUAUUUAAAACUGAGCUUUGGUUAUUUUUAAUAUGCUUAUGUUGGCUGUAAAUGCACCUGGGAAAAGUAAACUAGAAAAACCAUAUUUGGUUUAGCAGGUCAUGUGUUGUGGGUUAGAGAUUAAGUCAAGUGUACCCCUGAGUGAACAUAUUAUAGUGUAAUGAAUGUGCAGGCUUCUAAAAGUGAACCCUUUGUAUCUUGCUAUCUUAAAAUGUUUUCCAGUGAUUUGAAGUCUGAUGAUGUUUUAGAUGAAACCUGGGUCACAGUCUUUGGGUGAGUGAAAUUUUUAUCUACUACUUUAUCAUUCGUGUUCUCCAAAAGAAAAAGAAUUUUAGACAUGCAGCCUUUAAUUUAAAUUAAAACAAAAGAGAAUUAAAUUUUUACUCUGAUGGUUGAAGUUGAGUUGCAAAAUGGCUUCUUGCAUAUGUUUACAAAAUAUCCCAUGUGUGGUGUUUGAUCUACGACCUAAUUAGGAAAGUAAGAUUUGUCAACUGUCCAAAUUGUAUUCACUCUAUAGUGAAGGAUUGUUUCCUAUAAAUGAUACAAUUUUUUGAAAACUUCAAAAUAUUUGGGGGGAAAAAAAGCAAAAAACACCACUAUAAAUUAGUAAGAGCAGAUUAGCCUUCUAAGUUAUCAUUCUAUUUUCUUAUGAUUUUAUGUGCAAUUUUUUUGUUGUUGACGUGUCAUAGGCCUCAGUGUUUAAAACAAAGUUAACAAAACUGCUUCCUCUUGUCAUGGCCAGGUUUCCUCCAGGCGCCACAUCUUUCAUCCUCCAGCAGUUUUCUCAGUACGGAACGAUCAUCAAACAUGUGGUGUGUUUCGCAGCUCAUUCAGCAUGCAUAAGCUAAUUACCAGGGUUUGGAGUAAUACAUGUAUAAUUAAUACAAAUGAGUAAAUCCGGACUCGAGCUUCCGGCAACAUGAGAAAUGCACAAAUGAAGAUCACAAGAUAGAGUUGGUAAAAAAUCUGAUUUUCAUCUGAGUUUGAGUUUUCACUGAAUUUUCAGUACUCAAUAUUACCAGUCCAUGCGAUAUAGUCCUCUGACCAUCUGGUAGAGUCCCGGGUGGAUGGGGCUCGUUGGACAGCAACUCAUCUAAGAGAAGGCAAAACUCUGAAUUCAAACUGGGAGCCAGAAUGAUCAAUAAAUUUAUUGUGGGCCCUCAAAUAUAGGAAAAAAAGAGAAAUGAAAUGCCUCCUAUUUUUCUGCAUGCUUUUGUACUUAACUUGUUUUUUGAAGAAUCAGCUGUGAAUAAAUAUUGUUCAUUUUAAGUUUUCUUUGGUUUUUUUUUCAAAUAACAAAGCUGUAUGGGUGAAUAUAAAUUGUAUUUUAGACUUGUUAGUAGAAAAAACAAAUUUUAUCUAUCAUUUGAAAUACCCUAAAACUGAACCUAGUUUUUUAAAUUACUGUUUUCUUCAGCUGUGGUUGUUCAUCCUUUUCAAAUCAAAGUACUUCAACUCUGUAAUUUUUUUAAAAACCUCUAUUUGCCCCAGGUCUACGCAGAAUGCAACUGGAUGCACAUACACUACUUGUCUAAGAUCCAAGCCAAGAAAGCUCUCAGUAAAAAUGGGAAAGUCUACGGAGGCUGCAUGAAAAUUGGAGUAACUUCUUGCAUUGAGAAGGUAAAGGCAUACCAAGUGAUUAGACUUAUAAUAAAAAAUAUUUAAAUUGACCAAAUACAUUCCAAGUAGACCAACUUACAUGUAACUUAAAAUAUCAAUCAAAAUAUCGUAAAAUCAGUAUUUCUAGUCACAAAAAAAAUGCACAUUCAAAAGCGAACCUGUUCUGGAAAAUAAAAAUUAUUAUUUAUAAUGUGAGGCUUAUUUUGAACUCUUGUUGCUUUAAAAAGAUGGUAGCUGGAAAAUAGUUUCUUCUUAAAUGGAAGUGCCCUUGUGUUCAUGAACACGUUAAUUCUACCAUCCUACCAGUAGACAUUGAGAAUCUGCAAAUGUAAAUAGAGCCCUGAUUACCAAAAGUUAUCAAUAAUAGGCAUCUCUUGUCAAGUAACUUUAGCAGGUGGGAAGGUCACCCAUUGCCACCGCCAUUGGCUAGUUUUAAUAUAAUUAUGUUGACAAAUGUAAGUAAGAAUGACCUAAGAAAUUCUUGAUUGCUACUUAGGAUACCAGGCUAGUUAGUCAUUUGUUCCAUGAUUUCCAAUUUUACAUAAGACCAUUAUGGAAGAGAAAGAGAACCAGUCCAUGCACUCCACUCAGUCAGCCGACAACACAUUCAGGUCAGGCAGUGAGCUUGGCGAUACAGCCCUGACACAGAUAAGGCCCUUGACAGCAGCUUACGUUGCCUCCAGGGGAGAGUAUGAGGUAUGCAGACCAGUUUACUCUUACGAUUUGGGCGUACAAUGUACGAUUUUGAGGCCUAAAUAUUAUAUAUACUGUGUUUUUUUUACUAUUCAGAUAAUGUAUUGAACGAUUUUGUGAGGAUAGUGUACGAUUUUAAGAGUUGGAAGGUAAACAGGUCUGGGUAUGGCAGUUUUUGUUAGUGAUUCAGCAUUUUAUGGAGAAAAUAAGAAAAAAUUUGUUAAAGGCAUUAACAACACACAUUUAUUAUUUUUUGUAUUAAUGAACUCAUGAUUUAUUCUAUUAACAUUCAAAACUAGACAAAAAUAAAAGACAAUCAAAUUUCCUUAUUAUAACUUAAAGAUUUUCUUUGUACUGGCAUUUCCAUCUUGUGGAGGGUAAUUUUUUGCUCACACAUGUGACAUGUUCCCUCCGUCGAUAGAGUCUUUCUCGUGCAGUGUGAACAGCUGGAGAAGGGUCGGUAGUGGAGGUCAGAUAAGAGCUCUAGGAUUUUGGGGAGGAUGUGUGUCGUGACGACUGUUGGAAUGUUUGUCUGUCUGUAUACCCAGGGUGUUGUUGAUCUCCCCACUUGAGCAUCUCGUCCCUUGUCAGCUGUUAGGAACGGGUGUUUUUAUUUGUGUGUGGAAUGUUAUGGUUUGAGUUGUGUCAGUAAUCAUGUGUUCUGAAUGGUCAAUAAACAUUGUAAGAGAAUAAAUAUUGUGUUUGCAUAGUAUGCAAGUUAGUUUUGUCAGUUAGUCAGUUUUUCGAGAGUCUUGUAAGUGCCGGUGUAGUGUAGUAUUUAUGCAUGCAAUUUUGUAAAUUUGUAGUUGCUGUUAUAGGAUCCUCUAUUCAAAUAACGGAGUUGUACAGCAAUAUUUUUAAGAAUUAAAAAAAUUAUUUUUCCCUAAUGCACAGAUUAUAAUUUUACACUCAACAGUUGUAAAUAAUAAUAACUUCUUUUAAAAAAAGCAACUAUCAAAGCAGGGUUUAAACCACUAAAAAGUAGAGAAAAAAAUUUAUUUCCUCGAUUGCAUUAAGCAAAGAAAGACAAAGGAUAAAUAUUUUCAAAAAUUUAUUUUUUAAAAAAAAGGUAAGUUUCAGAUACAUUCAGUUAGAAUCCUUUAGCUAAAUAGUGUGCUCAUCGACACUUCUGCGCAGGCUUUCUUGGCAUGAAGAAUUUUAAAUUGAUCUUUUACUUUGUAGUGUUUUAAACUUGUUUCUUUGAUAGAAAGUCUUAUUUAGAAAGUUUUUUUUUUUUUUUAAAUAUAUAUUUUUUUUUUUUUCUCCCAAUUAAUGAUAUUUAUUUAAAAUUUUUUAAAAUAAAUUUAAUAUUGGUUUUUUUUUUUUUUUCGCAGGCUUUCUUGGCAUGAAGAAUUUUAAAUUGAUCUUUUACUUUUUAGUGUUUUAAACUUGUUUCUUUGAUAGAAAGUCUUAUUUAGAAAGUUUUUUUUUUUUUUUUAAAUAUAUAUUUUUUUAUUUUCCUCCCAAUGAAUGAUAUUAAUUGAAAUUUCUGAACAAUAAAUUCAAUAUUGGUUUUUUUUUUUAUAAUAACAUUCCUAAUAAUUGUCAAAAUUACGGGAAUGCUUGGCAAGGUUUAGAAUUGAAAGGAGAUUGGCAAGUUAUUGUUAGCGUUAUUAAAAUACUGACAAAUUAUUACAAUUUCUCUCUUCUUUUUGCCAUAGCUAAUAAGAAUGACAUCACACGUUUUAACUUUCCCAAAUUUUCCUGCAGGUCAUGAGAGACGCCCCGACACCCAAGCGAGAUGCUAGCAUAGUCUCAAAGUUAAAAGAAUACAUGUUUGGCUUUUGACCGGCUGCUCCAUGUGCAAAAUUUGAUCACGUCUGUAUUCUUAGCUUCUCAUAAUGUCCCCGGAGUCCUGAUUUAAUUUGGGGCGACAUAGGAAUAUUUGGUUUCAAUUUGACAAUUUUAAUUUUGAAUUUUUAUUUUUUUUUUAUAGUGUCAUAUAAGUAAGGUAAAACUUGAUAUGAAUUAUAAAGUGUUCUCACAUUCAAGUUCAGGUUUGAAAAAUUUAAUUUCAGGUUUUUAAACAUAUUUUUUUAAUUUUAAUGUGUGUUUUUGUUGGAACAAAUGAAUUGUAGGAGCCAUGUACAUAGUGAACAUUCUGAAUGAGUAUAAAUUGGUGCAAGAAAAUUGGUGUCAGUUACACCCUUAGAGCUAUAAUAUUCACAAAUGAAGUUGUUGUGGAAUGACGGUGUAAAGAAAAAAUGGUUUUUAAAACUGAAAAAAAAAAUACAUAUUGAUUUAUGAUCACUAAGUUUAAAAGAGUGAGAAUAAAAAUAC